AUGGGAAGGGUGAUUCGAGCGCAGCGCAAGGGCGCGGGAUCCGUGUUCCGCUCCCACGCGCACCACCGCAAGGGCCCCGCGCGGUUCCGGUCCCUCGACUUCGCAGAGCGCAACGGGUACCUCAGGGGCGUCGUCUCCGACAUCGUCCACGACCCCGGCCGCGGCGCCCCCCUCGCGCGCGUCACCUUCCGCCACCCCGUCCGCCACCAGCGCCAGCACGAGCUCUUCGUCUGCGCCGAGGGCAUGUACACGGGCCAGUCCGUGCACUGCGGCCGCAGGGCCUCGCUCAUGGUCGGGAACGUCCUCCCCCUCCGGUCCAUCCCCGAGGGCGCCGUCGUCUGCAACGUCGAGCGCCGCGAUGGCGACCGCGGGGUCUUCGCCCGGUGCUCCGGGGACUACGCCGUCGUCGUCUCCCACAACCCCGAUAACGCCACCACAAGGAUCAAGCUUCCCUCUGGCGCGAAGAAGAUCGUCUCGAGCGGGUGCCGCGCGAUGAUCGGGCAGGUCGCGGGCGGAGGGCGGACGGAGAAGCCCCUUCUGAAGGCCGGGAAUGCGUACCACAAGUUCAGGGUCAAGCGCAACUGCUGGCCCAAGGUGCGCGGCGUGGCCAUGAACCCUGUGGACCAUCCCCACGGAGGAGGUAACCACCAGCACAUUGGCCAUCCUGGCACCGUUUCCCGCCGCGCGCCGCCCGGCCAGAAGGUCGGUCUCAUUGCCGCCAAGAGGACUGGACGGCUCAGGGGACAGGCUGCUGCCGCUGCUGCCAAGCCCGACAAGUCUACCUAA